AUGAUGCGCGGCGAGCGGCUCAAGGAAGUGGUCUCCUCGCUGGUCGACGAGGCGCGCAGGGAGCGCCGCAACGACGAGAACGUCGCCAUGGUGGGCCUGAUCGUGGAGCGGGUCAAGGACGAGGACAUCGCCGGCAGCGGCAACAGCGCUACCAGCAGUGGAGGCAGCAAUAGCGGCAGCGGCAGUGGCGGGCGGUGGCGAGGCGAGGCGCCGGAGGCGACGAUGAUGCUGCGCGAGGGCGAAUGGCGCUGCGUGGGCGGGCGAAGCGGUGUCGAGCGACGAGAUGAUGAUGAAGGAGACGAUCAAGACCACACCACCACCGCCACCACGAGCGCCGCCCAGGCCGAGGGUGCAGGUAGCAAGGGCACAGGCGGCGUACUAAUGGUCGACCAGCAGGCCGCGCCAGUGGCGGCAGAGCAGAAGGGCAAGAGCUUCAUGGCGGGCUUCUACACUCCGCACAUGGACAAGUACGCGUUCGGCACCGACACGCUGGUCUUCGAGCUCCACGUGCAGGUGGGCGGCGCCCACAUCCCCGGCUCGCCCUUCCUCCUCGCCUUCUUCAACCCGCUUCUGCCCUGA